AUGGCUGCGAUCGCUCCGCAUUUCCUGUCGCUCAAGUCUAGCGCAGGAUCCACCGCCGCAGCGCCUUUAUCUCCGUCUCCGUCUCCGGCGCUUCGGGAGCCUCCCGUUGAGAAGCGGCUAUUCGAGCACGUGCUCGAGGCGCAGCAGUUCAACCGCGACUUGCUGUCGGAGAUCUUCGAGGUGGCGGACGAGAUGCAGCAGAUCCUCGAGGCGCGUGGCGGCGCGGGGUGCUCGAACAUGCUGCGCGGGUACCUCAUGGCGACGCUCUUCUACGAGCCGUCCACGCGCACGCGGCUGUCGUUCGAAUCCGCCAUGAAGCGGCUCGGCGGCGAGGUGCUCACCACGGAGAACGCGCGCGAAUUCUCGUCCGCUGCAAAGGGGGAGAGCCUUGCGGACUCCAUUCGCACGGUGGAGGCGUACGCGGACGUGAUCGUGCUGCGGCACUACGAGGAGGGCGCGGCGAAGCUGGCGUCGCAAGUGGCGUCCGUGCCCAUCGUCAACGCGGGGGACGGGCCCGGCCAGCACCCCACGCAGUCGCUGCUGGACAUGUACACAAUUCAGCGCGAGGUGGGGCGGCUGGACAACAUCCGGGUGGGGCUGGUGGGCGACCUGGCCAACGGCAGGACGGCACGCUCCCUCGCCUACCUGCUCGCCAAGUUCCGCAACAACAAGAUCAUCUUCGUCGCUCCGCCCGUCGUCCGCAUGAAGGAUGACAUCAAGGAGUAUCUGACGGCGCGGGGUGUGGAGUGGGAGGAGUCGGCAGACCUGAUGGACGUGGCGGCGCAGUGCGACGUGGUGUACCAGACGCGCAUUCAGAAGGAGCGGUUCGGAGGGCGCAUGGACGAGUACGAGGCGGCGCGCGGCAAGUACAUUGUGGACCGCCGCGUGAUGAAUGCGCUGGGGAAGGAUGCCAUUGUCAUGCAUCCGCUGCCCCGACUCGAUGAGGAUGUGGUGAAUGGGGAGGACACCUCUGUUGAUGGAGAAUACAGCUAA